AUGGAGUGGCAACCGCAGGAUGAGCCAUUGAGGCAGCUGGCCGGCUACCUCAGGGACUCCCUGAAUUCAUAUGACCGUGCGGUCCGGAAACACGCUGAGGAGAUGCUUAUCCAGGCCACCGCUAACCCGGAUUUUGUCAACUACCUCACAUACCUUUUCUGCACCCCUCAGGCCCCUCCAGCAGUGGGCCUGGACCAGAACACCUACAAUGUCGUUCGAUUUUCCGCCGCCUUGAAUAUGAAGACCAAAAUUCGAGUAGCGUACAACACCAUCACGCCGACUAGUCUAGAUUACAUUCGAAGAGCUACCCUGCUCGGUCUGCGAGACCCGAGCCCUCAGAUCCGCAACUCCGCUGGAAGUAUCAUAACGGAACUUCUGCAGCAGGCAGGAUUGCUGGCGUGGCCCGAGGUGCUGCACGAACUUAUCACGCUUGUUGGGAACGUAUCUGGAGAUGUGCCUGUGGUGACCCAAGAGGCAGCCAUGUCUGCCCUGUCGAAAGUCUGCGAGGAUAACCGAAAGAUCCUCGACAAAGACUACGGAGGACAACGCCCUCUGGAUGUGAUAAUUCCACGUUUGAUGGAUUUCACAGGCAGUGAAAGCCCCACCAUCAGGUCGACCGCCCUUGGCACCCUCCAAGUCUUCCUUCCCCUCAAGCCCCAAGCGCUGAUAUCGUCCUUUGAUUCUUUCAUGGCGAAUCUGUUCCGUCUUGCCAACGACCCCAACACGGACGUGCGGAGAACUGCCUGUCAGGCAUUUGGGCAACUGGCUGAGGUGGCACCAGAGCAACUGAUUCCUCAUAUGGAGGACCUGGUGAACUACAUGAUUAUACAGCAGAACAAUGGGGAGGAUCCUGAACUGGCGCUGGAUGCCGCGGAGUUCUGGCUGACGGCCGGUGAGCAGCAGAAGUUACAGCAACCCCUGGGACAACAUAUCCAUAAGAUCAUCCCACUGCUGCUGAAGAGCAUGGUCUACGAUGAGGACGAUGCCAUCCGAUUGGCGGGUGAGGAGGAUGAUGCGGAGCAGGAAGACCGUGCGGAGGACUUGAAGCCUCAAUUUGCCAAAUCGAAAGGUGCUCGUUUGGAAAGCAAGACGGAUGGUGCGGCUAACGGCAAGGCGGCCAAUGGAGCAGAUGAGGAAGAGGACGAGCUCAGCGAAGGGGAGAUUGAGGACGAAUCCGACUUAGACGAUGAUCCCGAGGAUGAGUGGACACUCCGCAAAUGCUCCGCGGCAGCGUUGGAUAUUUUCGCCAAUGUCUAUGGUCGGCCAGUCUUCGAGCUCAUCUUACCGUACCUGAAAGAGACCCUUCGGCAUGAACAGUGGCCCAACCGGGAAGCAGCUGUUCUCACGCUAGGAGCUGUUGCAGAUGGUUGCAUGGAAGCUGUCACUCCUCACCUGCCUGAGCUGAUUCCUUACCUGAUCUCGCUCCUGAACGAUGCGCAACCCGUGGUUCGGAAGAUCACUUGCUGGUGUUUGGGCAGAUACUCUGAGUGGGCAUCACAUCUCGAAGAUCCCGCUCAGAAGGCACAGUACUUUGAGCCCAUGAUGGAAGGGAUCCUUCGCCGGAUGCUGGACAACAACAAGAAAGUACAGGAGGCUGCCGCUUCUGCGUUUGCCAGUCUCGAGGAGAAAUCAGAUUCGAACUUGAUCCCUUACUGCGAGCCGAUUCUGCGGCAGUUCGUCCAAUGCUUUGGCAAGUACAAGGAUCGCAACAUGUACAUCCUCUACGACUGUGUGCAGACUUUGGCUGAGUGCGUCAUGGGAGAGCUGGCGAAGCCCGAGCUGGUUAAUAUUCUGAUGCCCGCUCUCAUUGACCGCUACAACAAAGUGUCCGACCAGUCUCGGGAACUCUUCCCUCUCUUGGAAUGUCUAGGCUACGUUGCCGCCGCAUACGGAGAUGCGUUCUCGCCGUUUGCCGCUCCGCUGUUCCAUAGGUGUAUCAAGAUCAUUUACCAGAAUCUGCAGGAAUCUAUUGCCGCCGCACAGAAUGACGCCCUUGACGAGCCGGAUAAAGACUUCCUUAUCACCAGCCUGGACCUGCUGAGUGCCAUUAUCCAGGCGAUCGAUUCGCAAAAGAGUGGCGAGCUUGUGGCAAACGCGCAGCCGCGAUUUUUCGAUCUGCUGUGCUAUUGCAUGAACGACCAGAACAAUGAAGUCCGUCAGUCGUCGUAUGCUCUUCUGGGCGACUGUGCUAUUCACAUCUUCCCUCAACUCCAACCUUUCAUUCCGAAUAUCAUGCCAAGCCUGAUCAAGCAGCUUGACUUGGAUUUGAUUCCGGACGAGUCACCACAGACUGGGUUCAGCGUGCUCAACAAUGCUUGUUGGUCUUGCGGAGAGAUUGCUGUGAACGAAAAGGCCGAUUUGUCGCCUUGGCUGGACAAGUUGUAUCCAGCGCUGUUGACUAUUGUCAGCAACGAGGAAGUUAUUGAUUCGGUCAACGAGAAUGCUGCCGUGGCUCUGGGCCGUCUUGGCAUAGGAUGCUCUGAGCAGCUUGCACCACACCUGCAGGAGUACGCGGGCGUGUUCCUGAAGUCAAUGGCGAAGAUCGACUUUACUCGCGAAAAGGCGACUGCCUUCCUCGGAUUCAACCGAGUUGUGAUGAGGAAUCCACAAGCGAUGGAGGCGUGCCUCGGCGACUAUUUCCAGAGCAUCGCCACCUUCCCCCAGAAGUCGCUUAACCAGGAGGAGCAUCGUGAUAUCCAGCAAUCUUUCCAACAGGUUCUGCAAGGUUACAAGGAGUUGAUACCCAGCUUUGACUCUUUCCUUUCUCAGCUUCCGGCUCCUGUUACCCAGAAGCUUCGUUCUGCUUACCAAAUUUAA